AUGGACCCGAUCUCGACGCUCACCAGGCGCGGCAUGGCCAAGUUCGCGCGUGACGACGUCGAGGGCAGCGUCGCGGACUUCGACCAGGUCAUCGCGUUGGACGGCCGCAGAGCGCCGUACAUGUGGCAGCGCGGUCUCUCGCUGUACUACUUGGACGACUUCGACGCGGGCGCGGCGCAGUUUAGGAGAGACGUCGCUGUGAACCCGAACGACACGGAGGAGGCCAUCUGGGCGUUUUUGUGCGAGGUGCGGUCCUUCGAGGGCGCGAAGAAAAACAUGCUGACCGUCGGCCCGGACCCGCGCGGAUACAUGCGCGAGGCGUACGCGCUGUUCGCGGGCGACGGCAGCGAGGAGAGGAUGAGGGAGAUCGCGAAGAGGAGCGCGGCGGAUGAGUUUUACGCGAAGUUAUAUCUCGGGCUGUAUAAGGAGAGCAGAGGGGACGCGGAGGGCGCGAGGGUCGACAUCGCGGCCGCCGCGAACAGCGCGUACGGGCGGGGGUCGGGGGAUUACAUGGCCGCGCUCGCGGACGUGCACUUGAAGCGACGCGGGUGGGUGGAGUGA